AUGAAGAGAAUGAUGGAAGAGCUGGAGCAGCAGCUCAAUCUGCACAUUGACGACGAGGACACAAACGCCAUCACCACUACCACCACCACCGUUCCCAAAGUGACCACAUUUCCGGAAUACGACGCCGGCGACAUCACCUUCCGUCUUUACCCAUCUGGAAUGGAUUACGCUCUUGAGUCCAUGAAGAGAAUGAUGGAAGAGCUGGAGCAGCAGCUUAAUCUGCACAUUGACGACGAGGACACGAACGCCAUCACCACUACCACUACCACCCACGUUCCCAAAGUGACCACAUUUCCGGAAUACGACGCCGGCGACAUCACCUUCCGUCUUUACCCAUCUGGAAUGGAUUACGCUCUUGAGCAAGUAAUGCUAGCGAUCCGUCACGAUGCUAUUCGACAUCGUCCUCACACAAUAAGAACAUCCUAUCAUGGCAUGGAUAUUAACGUCGAUUCGAUUCAAAUCGUCGACUUCUUAGUGCCCAAGCUCGAAGUCGAGGAGCGCCUCAGCGAGACGAAGUUCCGUUUCUUCACUCAUGGUGGUGGAAUGCGCUAUCUCGGUCUCUAUUCCACUGUCUACAAAACCACAAGGGAAGGUCAAUUCGAAGCACUUCUCGACGAUAUUCGGAUCCAACUCGACGUUGAAUUUAGUGAUGAGGAUGAGCACAUCACCGUAACUGAGAAGAAAUGUAGCGCCAAAGUCGAGGAGGUACUGGUACAGCUGACCCCGUCAAUGCCAUCGCAAAUCGUCAAUCUUUUGAGAGAAAGGAUCCAGCAUCGCUUUCAAGAGAAGGUGUGCCCAGCAUUCAUUCACUACGUCGGGAAAGUGGCCAACAUAGUGAAAUCCCUUGCCUCUAUUGAAGACAUCACAACACGAACGGAUGGGCCACUAUCUCCAUGUGUAAUUGAACACGAUCGAGUCGCUACUCGUCUUGAUUCACGUGGAGCAAAACUUUCCUUCAAGCGAACCAUCUCAAGGGAAAAACGAUCCGCUUCCUCCAACAGCAUAGCUGAGCCAGAAAUUUUCGUCAGUGAGAUGGCAUCAGUCUCCGUUACCGAGGACUACAUCAACGAAAUGCUGUACGACCUCACCGAGAGCGGAAACAUCAUUUUCCAUUUGCACAGAAUCCCAGCAAUCCAAGAAGUUCUGCGAACGCGUUGCGAUGACGGCCACUGCCUCGGCGUGUUCGCAGAUCUCGACCGAGUCACAGAUGGUUCAGGACAUCUUGACAGUCGUGUCACCUCUUCACCACGGGUAGAGAUCCUCAACGACCAGGCCAUGCUCCAUCUUUCAUUGGACACCGUAUUAUCUUACGAGAAUCGCGCCGCCCAUCAUCGCAUACCGUACCUUCGCUUCGGAACGGUAAUAUCAAUGCGUAUCACGGAGUUGAACGUAAGCGUCUCCGAUGACGGAUACUACAGAUGGACGGCACGCUACGAUAUCGUUGAACUGAAGACUCAUGACGUCUACACCGACUUCGAGGAGCUCAAAAGGUAUCGCCAAGCAUCUAGAGGAACACCUCAACUUUCACCGCACUGA